GCUAUUCAUUAACAAGCUCUUGCACUGCUACUGCGGUGUGUGAUUCCUCCAAGUGGUCCCGAAAUCAUCGCUUUUCAACUACUUGGUUCUCGCGCCAAACUCUUUCCGGUUGCCUGGAUGACACGCAGCUCUGCACAUCUGACACUUUCGCUAUGGAAAUCUACAUUGCCGGGCGUGAGUCAAGGAGCGCUCGAGGGCGCUCUGAGCGCGCUCAGCGCGCGGGCGGCAUCUAGCAACAGCAGCAGCGCCCAGCAUGACAAAGCCGGGAGCCUCAGGCCUCUGGGCUGUAGCUUCCGCCAGCCCCGCCCACUCACACCUGCUGGAACCUUUCGAGGCGCUGGCUUGGCGCUUGGCGGCAACGGUGCCAGCACCACCGGCGGCGCUGGAUCCAGCGCCGUACUUCACGGCAGCGAAGGUGGCUGGCGGGCGUACGGCGCCGCCGCGGCCGCGUCGGCGCUGGCGCGCCGCGCACACCCUGACGAUGACAGCACUGCGGCCGCCGAUUCAGCUCCAGACAUCGUGCUCGCGUUCUCCCGCGCUGGGCAGCAGCAUAAGGCUGCUGCUUCUUCUGCUGCCGCUGCUUCAGCCGCUACCGCUGCUACAGCCGCGCCCGGCACCUACCCAGCAGAUGAGGAGCUGCUCAGCCACCUACGCCCCGCCCUGGCAGGCGCUGACGCUGGCGCAAACCCUGCUGCUGCCGUGCACGUGGUGACCGCGACCAGCGCCCCUGCUACUGCCGCCACGGCCACUGGGGCCACGGCGCCCACAGCUGCUGCCGCGCUGCCGCCGCCGCUGUCCUUCACCGACCAUCGCGCUGUGUUCGAGGGGCAGAGCACGUGGCGGCUGCUGCGCGCGUACGGCGUGCUGCGUGCGUGCGGCGUCAAUGUGUUGGUGGACAACGCGGAGACGCUACUGGGCGCCACUCGCCGCCUGCCGCUGGUGCCAGCGGUGGCUGACGCCGUGAUUAAGGCCACCUUCUUCGCACACUUCUGCGCCGGCGAGGAUGUGGACGAGGUCCGACGCACGGUGGAGCGACUGCGGGCCUCGGGUGUGGGCGCCAUCCUGGACUACGCCGCAGAGGAUGACGUGGGUGCCAGCACCGCCGGCGGCGGCACAGACACAACCACCGCCGCACCCGCGCCGCCUGCCGCCAGCGCCGCCGCCGCCGCCAAGGCCACUGUUGCUGGCGGCGCUGCGCCUGGCAUUGACACGGCGGCAGCGGCCGCGGCGCCUGCUGCUGAUGCCGCCGCCGCCGGGCCCAAGGAGGAGACGCUCAGCCCCCGGGCUCUGGGUGUGGUGGGGCGCACGUACGACUACGAGUCGGAGGAGCAGUGCGACAGGCACGUGGAGCACUUCCUGUCCGCCAUUGAGAUGGCCGCCCAGCAGCCCGGCCGGCCCGCCUUCGCGGCCAUCAAGAUCACGGCGCUGGGCAACCCCGGCCUGCUGCAGCGCGCCUCCGCCGCAGUGGCCAUGAUGCAUCGCCUGUUCGCAACCUUUGACGAGGACGGCAGCGGCUUCGUGGACCGGCACGAGUUCGAGCGCCAGUGGCGACGGCUGGUGGGCCGGAGCGGCGGCGGCGGCAGUGCGGAGGUGGAGGCGCUGAUUCGGCGGCAGGGCGAGGACGCAUACAAGUGGCUGGACCGGCAGGGCACCGGCAAGGUGGACUACGUGAGCUGGACCUCGCGCCUGGACCUGAGGCACCUGCCGCUGCUGGCGGCGCGCAUUGCCGAGGGCGGCGGAGGCAUCAGCAGCAGCGCAGAGGCGGGCAUCAGCAGCGGCCGGGCGGUGGCGGACAUGUGCCUGGACGACAACGAGGUGGAGCUCAUGGCGGCGCUGCUGGGGCGGCUGCAGACGCUGGUGGCUGCGGCGCUGCGGGCGGACGUGCGGCUGAUGAUCGACGCCGAGCACUCCUACUUCCAGCCCGCCAUCGAGCACCUGACGCUGCGGCUGAUGCAGCAGCACAACCGCGGCCCCGGCGGCCCGCGCGUGCUCAACACCUACCAGGCCUACCUGACCGACUGCCCGCAGCGCCUGGCCCGAGACCUGGAGCGGGCGCGGAGGGAGGGCUGGGUGCUGGGAGCCAAGCUGGUCCGUGGCGCCUACCUGCACCUGGAGCGCCGCCGCGCCGAGCAGCUGGGCUACCCCUCCCCCUGCUGGCCCGAGCUGGCCGACACACACGCCUGCUACGACGCCUGCGCAGAGCAGCUGAUUGCGGCGGCGGCGGAGGGGCGGGCCGAGGUGCUGCUGGGCACACACAACCAGGGUAGCGUGGAGGCGGCCGUGGCGGCCAUGGCGCGACACGGCCUCGUGCCGCCCGCAAUCGCCGCCGCUUCGGCCUCCAGCCCCUCCACCUCCUCCGCCACCGCUGGCUCGUCUCCAGCCGCCGCCGCUGACGCCAACGCCGCGCCGCCUCCCUCUGACCGCGUCAUGUUCGGCCAGCUCCUGGGCAUGAGCGACCACCUCACGCUCACGCUGGGCAAGGCGGGCUACCGCGCGUACAAGUACGUGCCGUACGGCGCCGUGGGGCAGGUGAUGCCGUACCUGCUGCGGCGGGCGGCGGAGAACCGCGACAUCAUGAAGGGCGCCAAGCACGACCUGGCUAUGCUCAAGAGCGAGCUGCGGCGCCGGGCCGCGGCGGCCGUUGGGCUGGCGCAGUAGGGCGCAGUAGCUGUAUUCGUCGUCAUCGUGCUGCGGCCUGUGACGAGAUCGUGCUACAGCCGUAUCGCGAGUGGGUGCCGAAACACGUUUGUGGGUUAUGGGGUGAUAGAACAAUGCAUGCAGUCCAGCAGCCCUCGGCUGAAGUCUGUAAACAAAUCAUUCAUUGGUGAAUGCAUGAAGAGCGACGGCGCAUGUAAUCAGUGCAACGGGUCGGCAGUGCGGCCAUGGCGGCGUGGCUGGGGGCGUACGGAAGAUUGGGCAGCAGAAGUGGGAUACUGGGAUUGGUACUGAGAUUGCGCUGCAUGACGGUUGGCGCCCCGGGCCCCCGGCCGCACGCAGUCACGCUACCUUGUGUGUGGAUUUGAAUUUGCGCGGCUGGAUUGGCCGCUCCAGGCAAAUGCAUGAGGUAUUGACGCGGCUGUCUGCACGUUGCAGCGAUGCAGCCGCGUCACUUUGUUUCUUCUUUGCAUGCAUCACGGACCUAGCAACGGUUGUGGAUGCGGUGCACGGCACCACGGGUGAUGGCACAGACACACAGGAAUGCGUGAAGCCGUGAACCGACGCUUGUGGAUUGUUUCAGGUUUUGUGUGCGGCAUGGAGAGCCGAGAAGUUAGUAUCAUUAGAGGCUGAUCGUAUGCUGUUGCCAGCGCGCCUCGUGGCUUACCAUGGGGGCCCGGGGUAUUCGUGCUUAACGUGUCGGCUGGGGCCAGCAGGGCCUGUCGCCUUGUCGGUUGGACGUAAUGGGCCUAGCGGUGCGGAUACACUGAUAGGGCGCUCAUGUUUGGGGAGCAAGGCGUGGGAGACUUACACAUGGGAGUGUCAAUCCGUAGCUUUGGAGCACGUUCAGUGCUUGUGGCCGACGUAUCUCAGGCGCACCCACUGUGUGCACACGGUUAUAUUAUGUUUGGAAUGGUGUGCGGCAGGCCUAUGGCAUAUGCCACUGGCGUAAGACGCUCGCACUGCGCCAUAAGGGGCUGUGUGGCUGCAGGCUACGUUGCCCGAUCACUGUCGCGUGUAACACUCUUCCCACGUAAAUGCGCACGUAUCAACUCAACCAGCAACGAAGUGGCAAAGGCCAAAUGAAAGCCCACCUCACACACACGGCGCUGCACCUUCGGCAAAGCUCGGGGAGCCCCGCCCUACCAUUCGGCACGCAGACGCCGAGAGCCCUACUGUACAACGAAUAUCAGUGUCGUUCUAGAAAGAAAGAUAACUAAACUCUCACUCUUCUCAGCAGCGUCAGAGCAAUCAAUUGCUUGUCAGGGGCUCUUCAAGGCGGGUUGCGCCAUCGACGCAAAGCUCUGCCCGGCCUGUGGUCAUCAAAUUGCCGAGGUUCUGGGCUUCCCGCAGCGCCUGCGCUGCAGGUUGGCACGCCCCCUCCCUGAUCCCUCCUCCACGGUCCUGCAUGCGCCCCGCUCUGAGCAGGGGUAGCACAGGCUCGAUGCGCCACCGCGCCCAGCACUGUUGCGCCCCUACGUACGCUUGAUUCAACCUAUCCCUACCUGCGCAAACGCAUGCGCACAUACGACUCUCUCUGCGGUGUUGCAGCGGGCCAGUCCCCCAGUCCUCCAAUCAAAGCGCCACGCUGUCUCUUCUUAGGCGCCAUCACCGCCGAUGCCAUCCGUGCGGUGCUUGACCCACCCACCCCGGGACAUGGACAUCAGGUCUGAUACGUGAGCUCAAUCAAUCAUGCACACAUAUCUUGACCGUAAUGGACCCGCCAGACGAGUCGUUUAAAUCUUGCCGCCAGACAUGGAAUCACGUGCGCGUUCCAUGCAGCGUAUUAGGCAGCCUGCCCGUGCAAAAUGGCAAGCCCCGCUUUACUGCAACCUCACUACCCAUACAUCACCCCAGCGACCAACCAACACCAUGCCUACCCAGACAUACCUUCCUUACCCUUA